GCGUGUUCAGUCGGCGCUCUGUGAUGACGUAAGGGAAUGCGCCCAUAACUUGUGAAGUAUGGUUCCCGCAUGUGCACUGUAUUGAUGUAUACAGUGAAUGAACUCAGCGAAUCAAGACUUGUGUAAUUGUGUGAGGCGUCAGUAUGAGGGACACACCGCUAUCCAACUGCGAGAGGGCUUUCCUGCUCCAGGCAAUCAGUGAGAGUAAGCGUCUUGACGGCAGGCAAACCUAUGAUUACAGAAAUAUUAAAAUAACAUUUGGAACAGAGUAUGGCUGCUGUAUCGUCGAACUUGGGAAAACCAGAGUUCUUGGACAGGUAUCCUGUGAGCUUGUGGCUCCCAAGAUGAACCGCCCCACAGAAGGAAUUCUUUUUUUCAACCUUGAACUUACAGCUAUGGCAUCUCCAGCAUUUGAACCAGGAAGACCAUCAGAACUUGUGGUGAGACUUAACAGACUGCUGGAACGGUGUCUCAGGAAUUCCAAGUGUAUUGACACUGAGUCACUUUGUGUUCAGGCAGGAGAGAAGGUGUGGCAGGUUCGUGUUGAUUUACACCUAUUAAAUCAUGAAGGUAACAUAAUUGACGCAGCAAGCAUAGCAGCUAUUGCAGCACUUUGCCACUUCCGAAGGCCAGACGUAUCUGUCCAGGGAGAAGAGGUCACUGUGUAUUCCCUAGAAGAACGGGAACCUGUUCCACUGAGCAUCCAUCACAUGCCCAUUUGUGUCAGCUUUUCCUUUUUCCAGCAAGGCACAUAUUUAUUGGUGGAUCCCAGUGAACGUGAGGAACGGGUCAUGGAUGGCCUUCUAGUGAUCGCAAUGAACAAGCACAGAGAGAUUUGUACUAUCCAAUCAAGUGGGGGAAUUAUGCUGUUAAAAGAACAGGUUCUGAGGUGCAGCAAAAUUGCUGGCGUUAAGGUGGCUGAGAUUACGGAACUGAUUCAGAAAGCCCUGGAAAAUGACCGAAAGGCCAGAAAGGAAGGAGGCAAAUUUGGCUUUGCAGAGUCUCUUCCAGACCAGAAAAUAACUGCUCUAAAGAUGGAAAAAAUCCCUGUAGAUACUAAAGAUGUAGAGAACAAAGCUGAAGAGAUCAUUUGUAAAUCGGAGCCUCCAUCAGAUGUCAAUGAAAAACCGGUUGUUUGGGCUGCUGGCACUGCUCAGAUUGGAGAGGGAGCUGGAAAUGCAUGGGGAGAGUUGGAGGAAUCGGAAGAAGAGGAGGAGGAGGAUGAUGAUGAAGCAGUUUUGUUGAUAGAGACUAACACUACAAAGAAAAUUUCAAAAAAUGAUGUUGUCAUGGUAUCUGACGACAGUGAAGAGGAGGAAGUGAUUAUACUACAAGCUGGGGCACAAUGAAAAAGGAACAGCUUAGCUGCUACAGCCUCCAAAGGGGGCAAUGAGUCUACAAGCAAGAUGUCCAACCAUAAGAA